CAUCGCGAGGCCCUGUGACGUCGGCCGCUCCCCUGCGCUCCCUCUAGCAGCCAGUCAGAGAAGGGAUGCUCUGAACGCAAGACUGCAGCAUCUUCACCGAGAGAACGAGCAGGGAAAAAAAAAACACGUCUCUUUCUCUGUGUGUUUUUCCAACUCCACGACUCCGGACCCUCUUCACCCACCCCGUCACCCCUGGGUGUCUUCAUGAUCGGAGCCAGAACAGGAUAAGAAGAAAGAAAUUAUACUUAUAUAAUAGCCUACAAAUAACGCAUCGGAUUUUUAUUUUUUUUUUUAUUAUUGCUUCAACGACCUUUUUUCUUUCUUCGGUUGAUAUCGCCUCUUUGUCCUUCGGUAUUGUUAUUUUAUUUUAUUUGUUGUUCCGUUUCGCUGGCUGUUGCAGAGGAGCGCCACCAUCCCUGCCAUCCUGACAUGAGUACGCUCUUUUAUCUGGUUGCAGCGGAAUGACACACAUAUCCUAGCUCUCAUAUCAGAAGGUUGAUGGAAGAUUGACGCUCCAUCUGCACGUUUUCAGUAGCCUAUAGACCAAUCUCCAUCUGCAGAGGUUUCGGAAUUUUUUUUUUUUUCCGCUCUCUGACUCGCUCAUCCGCCACUCCAGCGUUUCUUUUCUUUCUGUCCCUGCGCAGCAUCUCUGUACGCACGGCGCACUACGGAGAAACGCGCAGCUAACCUUCUCCGUCCGUAAGAAACAGGCGUAUUUUUCUAAUUCCCCAAAUCGAUUUUCGCCUUCUCCGAGGACUCAUCUGUACGGCUACGCUGCGUGAAAAAAAAAAAAAAAAGAAAAGACGAGAAAAAGGGGGGAUUUAAAACGCUAACGCAGCCCAAGCAUCCAAGAGCAAGCUCGAAAAUGAUGGCCGGCGGAGCAGUACAGCAAAACGGGAUUUUUUCAAAUCCUCACCAUCACAAUCAACAACCACACAUGGAGUCCGAUCCCCCGGACUCACGUAAAAGACCCCUGGAGACUCCGACGGAGGCCAGCAGCACCAAACGCACAAACACAGGAGUGGCCUUCCUGCAGCCCCUAUUUGAAACUGAAGGCAUUGUAUUCCCUCACCAAGAAACUGAGACUCAUGAGGAAGGCGAGUACUUCCUGAAGGUUUUGAUUCCCAGCUAUGCGGCGGGUUCUAUCAUCGGUAAGGGAGGUCAGACCAUCGUCCAGCUGCAGAAAGAGACCGGAGCCACCAUCAAACUGUCCAAAUCCAAAGACUUCUAUCCCGGGACGACAGAGCGGGUGUGUCUGAUCCAGGGGACGGUGGAGGCGCUGAACGGUGUCCAUGACUUCAUUGCUGAGAAGGUGAGGGAGAUGCCUCAGAGCACCCAGAAGACAGAGCCUGUCAGCAUCCUGCAGCCACAGACCACCGUCAACCCCGACCGCGUCAAACAGGCCAAGCUGAUUGUCCCCAACAGCACGGCGGGGCUGAUCAUCGGUAAAGGUGGAGCCACAGUUAAGGCGGUGAUGGAGCAGUCCGGGGCGUGGGUCCAGCUAUCCCAAAAGCCCGAGGGCAUCAACCUGCAGGAACGCGUCGUCACCAUCAGCGGGGAGCCAGAGCAGAACCGCAAGGCCGUGGAGAUCAUUGUCCAGAAGAUCCAGGAGGAUCCGCAGAGCUCUUCCUGCCUCAACAUCUCCUACUCCAACAUCACAGGACCCGUCGCCAACUCCAACCCCACUGGCUCCCCAUACGCCAACUCCACCGAGGUAAUGCCGUCCGCGGCAGCCGCUGCAGCAGCCACGGCUUCCUCUCUGCUCGGCCAGGCCAGCCUGGCUGGAGUCGGGGCCUUCCCGACCACCAUGUCCAGCCUCUCAGGCAACGACCUGCUGGCCAUCACCUCCGCCCUCAACACCCUGGCCAGCUACGGCUACAACACCAACUCCCUGGGCCUGGGGCUGAAUCCCGCCGCAGCCUCAGGGGUGUUAGCAGCUGUGGCAGCUAACGCUAACCCGGCAGCAGCCGCAGCAGCUAAUUUGUUAGCAUCCUACGCCAGCGAUGCAUCCACCAGCGCAGGUCACCCAGCGGCAGGUCUCGGAGGCUUCUCCCUGGGAUCCCUGGCUGCCGCUACAGGGGCCACCAAUGGCUACUUAAGCGCCGCAUCGCCCCUGGUGGCGUCAUCUCUACUGGCCACGGAGAAGCUAGCAGAAGGAGCAAAGGAAGUGGUCGAGAUCGCCGUGCCAGAAAACCUGGUGGGAGCCAUCUUAGGGAAAGGAGGGAAGACGCUAGUGGAGUACCAGGAGCUGACCGGCGCCAGGAUCCAGAUCUCCAAGAAAGGCGAGUUCAUCCCUGGAACUCGGAACAGGAAGGUGACCAUCACGGGUUCCCAGGCCGCCACACAGGCUGCACAGUACCUGAUCAGCCAGCGAAUCACCUACGAGCAGGGGGUACGUGCCACCAACCCACAGAAGGUGGGCUAAACCUGACAGCCAAUGAGAAACGAGGAGGAAAAGAGGAAAAAAAAAAAGAAAGAAAAGUGGGGGUUUGGGGGAGGAGUAUGAAAAAGUGAGAGUGAGAAUGGAAGAAGGAGAGGAGAGCAAGAAUGUCAGAAGGAAUCGUCCGCGCCGUUUUCUUCUGCGUGUUUUCAGUAUUCUCUAUUAUAAAAAAAAAAGAAAUUUGACGCGAAGCAAAAAUGUGCUGAGAAGAUGAGGAGGGAGAGGAGCGAGUUAUCACGCUGAAAAACCAAGAAAAAAAUGUGUAACAUGUAAAUAAGGUUUUAUUACUUAACGUCUUGACCUUUCGGGAUUUUUUAUUGGUUUUGUUUCAUUGUUUUGUUUUAGUAAAUUAAGCUGUCUGUCUGUCCGUUUGUGUAUUGUGUGGACAAAGCUGAAUGCCAUGUAGACAGGCCGACUGCCUGAGAGGGGACCGGAAGUAGGGGGAGGGAGGGAAGGGCAUGGGCACGGAGGGGGGGGAGGGUUUGCGUUUACAGGGUACAACCCUCCGCCCCCCCCAACCCCAAAAUCCCUUAUGGAAACAACCCUUACCCCUCCCUCCCCCUGCAGCCCACACCCCACGCCCUCCCGUAGGGUUUUUGUUUUUCUUCUAGUUUUGAUUUGCCCCUCGGCCCCCCGGCCCCCGCCUCCCAAAAGCCUUCCUCGCUACUUGCCUA